AGCGGGAGCGGCGCCGGGGCGGGGGGGCUGCGGACGGGGCGGAGGCGGCUCUGGGACCCACCGGCGCUGCCGGGAAGGAUGGUUUUGUGAGGAACGGGCGGCGUGAGGAGGAGGAGGAAAGAAGAAGAAGAAGGAGCAGCAGCAGCCGGGCGGGCGAAGAGCGCGACCAAAAAGAGAGGAGAGAGAAGAGAAAGGAGAGGUGAUCGGGGCCAGAGCGGGAGACCAUGUCCGGGCGGCCCAGGACCACCUCCUUCGCGGAGAGCUGCAAACCGGUGCAGCAACCCUCGGCCUUCGGCAGCAUGAAAGUUAGCCGAGACAAGGAUGGCAGCAAAGUGACUACAGUAGUGGCAACUCCUGGACAAGGUCCGGACCGACCACAAGAAGUCAGCUACACAGACACCAAGGUGAUUGGAAAUGGAUCUUUUGGUGUUGUGUACCAAGCCAAACUCUGUGAUUCAGGAGAGCUUGUCGCCAUUAAGAAAGUCCUGCAGGAUAAAAGAUUUAAGAACCGAGAGCUCCAGAUUAUGAGAAAGUUGGAUCAUUGUAACAUUGUCCGAUUGCGUUAUUUCUUCUACUCGAGUGGAGAGAAGAAAGAUGAGGUGUACCUCAACUUGGUGCUGGACUAUGUUCCUGAAACAGUAUACAGAGUUGCCAGACAUUAUAGUCGGGCCAAACAGACACUCCCUAUGAUUUAUGUCAAGUUGUACAUGUAUCAGCUGUUCCGGAGUUUAGCCUAUAUCCAUUCCUUUGGGAUCUGCCACCGGGAUAUAAAACCACAAAACCUCUUGCUGGACCCUGAUACAGCUGUUCUAAAACUCUGCGACUUUGGAAGUGCAAAACAGCUGGUUCGUGGAGAACCUAAUGUCUCAUACAUCUGCUCUCGGUACUACAGGGCACCAGAGUUGAUCUUUGGAGCCACCGAUUAUACCUCCAGUAUAGAUGUGUGGUCAGCAGGCUGUGUAUUGGCUGAACUGUUACUAGGACAACCAAUCUUUCCAGGUGACAGUGGUGUGGAUCAGUUGGUGGAAAUAAUCAAGGUUCUGGGGACGCCUACAAGGGAGCAAAUUAGAGAAAUGAAUCCAAACUAUACUGAAUUCAAAUUCCCUCAGAUUAAGGCACAUCCAUGGACUAAGGACUCGUCAGGAACAGGACAUUUCACCUCAGGAGUACGGGUCUUCCGGCCCCGCACUCCACCAGAAGCAAUCGCGCUAUGUAGCCGUCUGUUGGAGUACACCCCCACUGCCCGCCUGACUCCCCUGGAGGCCUGUGCGCACUCUUUCUUCGAUGAACUACGGGACCCAAAUGUCAAGUUACCAAAUGGGCGAGAUAAACCUGCACUCUUCAAUUUCACCACUCAAGAACUGUCAAGUAACCCAUCUCUGGCUUCGAUCCUCAUCCCUGCUCAUGCCCGGAACCAAGCAGCUGCUUCAACCCCUACAAACGCUACAGCGGCCUCAGAUGUUAACGCAGGAGAACGAGUUCAGACCAAUAGUGUAGCUACAGCAUCAGCCUCCAACUCCACCUGAACCGGUACCAAGCAGCCAGCUGCACAGGAAAAAUCACCAGUAAAUUGAGUCUUGCUCAGCAACACUGGUCACAUUUGGAAAGAAAAUUAAAAAGAGGAAAAAAAAAAACAAAAAAAAAAACCAACCAACAAACCAACCAACCUGUUCAUUUUAGUGUUCAAUUUUUUAUUAUUAUUGUUGUUCUUAUUUAACCUUGUAAAAUAUCUAUAAAUACAAACCAGUUUCAUUGUAUUCUCACUGCAGGGUGUCCGGGGCAGGGGACUAGGUGGGGGGAGGAGGGAAAGCGGAGCAAUACAACACACCAAUGUCUCUCCCCUCGACAAUCUCUUCAUGUUGGAAGUUUGCUGUUGUGUACUUCAGAACCAGGACUCUUGCCUCAUGCCCUCUCCCACAAGAGAAAAGAAGGAAAAAAAAAACAAAACAAAACAAAAACAAAACAAAAUAACCCCCCAAACCUCAUUCUCU